ACACGCUCAAACACUAUGUCCUGCAAUGUUCUGCUAUAUAUACUGCCUACCGCCCACAGGGCCACUGGGACCUGCCUGGGCUGGUGGGCUGGUUCAUUAACAAUAAUGUUCUUUCAGCUGUGCUUAGUGAGUAUCCUGCAUUUGCCCCGAGAUUGUAGUCCAUAUGUACAGUCCCUUAUGUCUGCUCCCUUGACUAAAUCAAGGGCUUUAUUUUUUUUAGCAAUUGUCCCCUACCAUUAAAUUGUAUCUUUUUAGUUUCCUGGUGCUACUUACACAUGUAUCCUUAGUUGUAUAAUCACACUCUGUACUGCCUGGAGGUUGGGAUGGCAUGCUCCUCCCUUCUCCUUUGUUGUUUUACUUGCAACAAUAAACUAUCAAUCAAUCAAUCAAAGAGGAGAAAGAUAGGGAGGAGGAGAAGAAGAAGAAGAAGAAGACCACGAUCAGCUGACAGACGGUGAACGGCAGCGGUGCACGUGGGGAGUCCCAGCACACCAGGAUGGGAAAGAACACACGCAGCGGCCGCAGGAAAAAGAGGCGGCCGGGCGCAGCGACAACACCACGUGAAAGUAAAGCCGCCAAGGAUGACCCCGAGAGCCUUAGCGUGGAGGAACUGCUGGCGGCGGCGUCGACGGAGAUGGACGCCUUCCAGUACGAGGCGGCUCAGACACUCUGCCGCACCGCCCUCGCCAAGGAGCCGGACAACGUGGCGGUGCUGGAGACCUCUGCCGGUCUGUGCCUAGAGCUGGGGAACCUGGACGGGGCGCGGCACUGCCUGGGCCGGGCCAUCACGCUGCAGCCGGAGCGUGGCCACGAGAAGUACAUGUCCAUGGCACAGCUGAUGACCGGCCAGGAGGCGCUGCAGUGCUACCUCAAGGGCAUCGAGAUCCUCACUAGGGCUAUCGCGAGUCUUCCUGCGACAGAGAAGAAGGAGGAGGAAGGAGAGAAGAAAACAAAGAAGGAGGAAGGGGUAGAAAUGGCCACAGAGGAGGAGGAGGAGGAGGGAAGUAAAAUCGCAGCCCAGGGGAAUGAGAACCUGUCCCCAGCAGAAGCGAUGGCUGGGAGUAGUAGAGGUGACCCGCCCCCUCCUCCCCCCACACUAGGGUCACCGGUGGGGGAGAGGGCAGGGCUGGUGCGGCAGGUGUCCACGGCCUACUGUUCAGUGGCGGAGCUCUUCAUGACGGACCUGUGUGACGUGGAGGAGGCCGAGGAGGAGUGCCGCGCCAGCAUCACCAAGGCCAUAGAGGCAGACCCCACCAACCCGGAGGCCUAUCAACACAUGGCCAGCUUUCUCCUGGUGAAGCAAGAGGCAGAGGAGGCCAAGCAGUACAUCACUAAGUCCCUGAAGGCAUGGCUGCCGCAGUACAGGGCAGUGCGGGAGGGCAAAGCCUCAGCAGGGAGCUUCGACCCGGUGGAGGUGUGCCCGCUGCCCUACGCCACGCGCCUCACCACUGCCAGGAUACUCAUUGAAGUGGAGGAUCACGAGGCGGCCCGGGAGGUGCUGGAGGGAUUGGCGGAGGAGGACGAUGAGGUGGUGGACACAUGGUACCUCCUGGGCUGGAACCACUACCUGCAGGGGGAGGAGCAGCGCGAGGCGGCCCACUACAGCCUGCACCGCGCCCUGCAGGUCCACGCAGAGAGCCCCAGUGAGGACGCCCAGCUUGUGGAGCACCUGAAGGAGCUGAUGGAGGAGCUGGGGCCCUACACGGAGGCCGAGGACGAAGAGGACCAGGGCAUUGAGGAGGAGCUGGAGCAGGACUCGGAGGAGGAGGAUGAGGACGAGGAGGAUCAUAAUGCGAUGGACACCAGCUGAGUCGUACCAUUGUUGCCUUCAUCUUUUUAAUAUAUGUUACGUGUGUUAGC